UUUUUCAUUAUUCUUUACCUUAACAAUAUGAAUCAUCAGAACCAGCUUCAGCCUCUGCCUCUGCUUAGCAGCUUCCUAGGUUCAGCUUCUUCACAAGAUGAUGAUAAUUUGCUACUGAACCAACAAAAUCAUGAUUCAUGUUAUGGUCAAGCUCAUGAGGAUGUCACAGUGGCAUUACACAUUGGUCUUCCUGACAAUUCUUCCAACAACAACCAUAGAUUUGAGAUUAAUGCUGCUCCAAUCCCCCAAGUUCCUAACAAUUACUGGAUUCCCACUGAAGAACAGAUCCUCACUGGGUUCAGCCAUUUCUCUUGUCCUGUUUGCCUCAAAGUUUUCAACCGUUACAACAACCUUCAGAUGCAUAUGUGGGGACAUGGAUCACAAUACCGAAGAGGACCAGACUCAUUGAAAAGAACUCAUCCAAGACCCUUGCUGGACAUUCCAUGCUACUGCUGCUCGAGUGGAUGCAAGAACAACAUUGACCACCCGAGAGCCAAGCCUCUCAAGGAUUUCCGAACACUUAGAACACACUACAAGAGGAAGCAUGGCUCCAAGCCCUUUGCUUGCCGCAAGUGCGGCAAGCCACUCGCCGUGAAAGGCGACUGGAGAACCCAUGAGAAGAACUGCGGCAAGCGCUGGCUCUGUGUCUGUGGUUCGGAUUUCAAGCACAAGAGGUCUCUUAAGGAUCACAUCAAAGCGUUUGGGUUUGGACAUGGCCCUAUGUCUUCUUCAUCUGAAGGAUUUUGAUUAAGAUCUUCUCUUAAUUUGAUCAGUCUUUCUAGUAAAGCUGGUAGAAAUAUGAGUGUGACAAUUAAAAGAUAGAAAUAUUGUGCUUUUCAUUUUUAAGUUAUCUGCAUUUAAAUAGAGGGACAAGGAAAGGAACUGAAUAUUCUGUUCCGAGCUUGUACUUUAUUCUGCUUCAAUGUGUAUUGGAUUUUUUAUGUUGUGUGCUUUAUGACAUUGCCUUCUAAUCAUGA